CAGCCGCAAUGUAGUGUACAUACUCGACGGCAUGGCGUACUUUUCCGGCAACGGCAGCCGGCACAUUGCGCCUGCCAGCCCCUCAUGCCUUCUAUACACGUCCGUCGUGGUGUCCGCGACGACUGCGAUCCUGCGACGGGCACGAUACUUGUUCCCACACGCCACCGUCUAUACCUCCCCCUCCCGCCCCACAAGCCCACUGGCCCAUACAUGCCAUACUGUACAUGCUAUACACACAUCUCUCGCCCCCCGGUCAUGCAGUCACCACCUUGCUAGAUCUAUCUAGCAACUCUUGGCAUUGCAUCAACACGAUCCACGACACAAUUCACGAUCCGCAAUCUCCAUCUUCAUCUCGUCCUCGCGAAUACACGCAUACCAACCCGCCUGUUUCGUCCGGGAUCAAGUCACCCUGCUGCCUCGCUGCCUCAUCGCGGUCAUCGCAGGACCGUAUCGCAAGAUCGCAUCGCAGGAUCGCAGGAUCGCAGGUAAUCGCAGAAGACAAGCCUGACGCACGGGCCAUCGGUGCAACCUGUCACACCGGUCGAGGCGUCGAGGAGGUCCAGGAGGUCCAGGUCGUCCAGGUCAUCCAGGUCCCGAACCGUUAUCCUUUUGAUUGUAACGCUCAGCCUGCAACCUUGAGGAGAACGGCAGCGCUACUGUACGACGCUGCAACGCUGCAAGCAACAGCGCAACUACUGCAACUACCCCGGAGGCCCUAGGCCGGAGAGCUGAGAGGGCUCUGAUCGAUCAUCGACAUCAUCACUCCAUCUCUCCUCCAUCCCUUCCCCACUCUCCUUGACACUCUCUCCUUUCAUCUCUCGUCGCUCUCAACAUCUCAGACGCAGCACUCUCCGCUUCAACACCUCCCUCCUCUGCGUCUCGUCUCCCUACUUUAUAAUACGCCCAGCCUCCCCUCCUCCUCCUCCUCCUCCCCCACACCUCCCACUCCUCCCCCUC